AUGUCUGACAUGACAAAUUCCUCCACAGUGUUUGUUCUGCAUGUUGUUUUUGAUCAGUCUCUCUCUAGUUUCUGCUUGUGUUUAGUUUUGUUUUCAGAACUGAUUCUGAUCAAAGAGAAUCUGACGUGGUCUGAAGCUCUGAGAUACUGCAGACAGAAUCAUGUGGAUCUGGUCUCGGUUCAUUCAGAAGAGAUUCAGCGUUGUGUGAUGAAUGUGGUUAAAAAGGCGUCUACUGAGGCGGUGUGGUUGGGUUUACGUCACUCCUGCACUGUGGGCCUCUGGUUCUGGGUGACCGGACAGACCGUGUGCUAUCAGAACUGGGCGAUUGAUGAUUCAGAGAACUGUGAUUCUGCAGUGAGAUCUGGAGCAAUUAUUUCUCGAGGAAAUCAGCGCUGGAUCAGCCGUCCUGAGACUGACAGACUCAACUUCAUCUGCAGCAGAAAUGAAGAGUGA